AUGGCUGACGGCGACGUACAAUCAGCCGUUCAAACCGAACCGAUCCCGGCUAAAUCCCUGCAAAUCAAGACUGAUAAGCCACGUCCUUAUGUUUGCACCACUUGUACACGCUCAUUUGCGAGGUUAGAGCAUCUGAAACGCCAUGAACGCUCCCAUACCAAAGAGAAGCCGUUCCAGUGCCCUGUGUGCGAGCGAUCAUUUGCAAGGCGGGAUCUUCUUCUCCGGCACAAGCAGAAGCUUCAUGCCUCCUUUUCUCCUCCUCGCAACGAACAUCUAGCCGAACAACCUAGUGCCAAACGCAGAGCGUCUUCAGCCACUGUCGCCCAGCGGAGUGGGUCCGUGAGCUCUCCCAGUACCCGUGGUCCCAGACCUGUUGAAUCAAGGUCGGUGGCGCCCAUGCAGUACAAUGGCAACGCAGAAGGUGGACCUUCUUUUGUGAAUACGGGAAUGAUUCCCCCUUCUGACGCGCAGAAGAAACCACAGCAGCAACCAAUUCCUAGGCACACGGCAAGUGUGGCCGCUCAGCCUGGGGCACAGCCUUUCCAAUCCAAUUGGCUCCCGCUAAAUCCUUUAGAACACGAGCUGGACUCGUACUGCAACAUGGCUCCAUCUUAUCGACAUCUUACCAAUAGAGAAUCACGGUCGAACUCGUUCAACGCGUCCAGCGCUACUUCGUACGUUCGCCGAAAAGAUGUAGACCAGUUUCUGGCCAAUAGCAUAUCCAUGGGUGCUCCGCCAGAAGUUUCUUUCUCAACGCCACAAGCCUAUACCUUUGAGCCGGAGGGGCUACUUGUUCCCGAACCCCUAGAUCUCGAAACUCCAUACUCUGGAAAUGACAUGUCUGUUGGUAUAAACCCUCAACUCCUGUCCCAAGCAGGUGCUCAACCGGGCGCUCAUCCUGGUUCAGUUACUGUUAACACACCAGGCUCAGGUCACACCCCGGGUUCAGUGGCGGGAUCAGUGCCAACCCCAGGCUCCUACGCGAGUGCUCGAUCUGUAUUGCCUAAUGAUUCAAACUAUUGGGGGACUGAUCUCAACUCGCCGCAGGUUGCUGAGUCUAUGAGUUAUACCACUCCGAUGAUGGCAGUUCCGGGAGUUGGAUCUUAUGACUCGCCCAUGGCUUUCCCGUCCUAUCACUCGGCUAGCAGUCAUGGCGGACGUUUUGCGAGAGACCCUCUGGUUCCAGGCAUGAUGGAUAGACCACACGAGCCUGUUGUUGAUAGUCAAGAGAUUUUUGACAAGUUUAUUUCUAUUGGUGGUGAUGAUGCUACAAAGGGCAGUGAGGAAAUCAAGCAAGAACCCAUGAAUGACGCCUCAGUGCCGCUAGAUUUCAGUGAGUUCACAUCCACUGAUUUUGGCAGUGUUGAUGGCGCAGAAGUUAAACGUGCUCUUGAAAAGCAGUAUGAUUCGAACCCCACGCAGUACCUGAAAGAUCUCAAUGGUGAUGCUUUCUGGAAUAGACGUCAAUCCAAUUCACAGCAACAGGCUACGCAUCGCUCUUCAUUUUCUUCCACCGAUUCCCAGAAUAAGCUCCCUCAGCAUCGUGCAUCUAUUUCGCUUGGUCACCCCCAUGCUAUGCCAACUGCCCAGUCCUUCUCUCCCCAAACUUCGCCAACCGCACUGGCGUCUACUGAAUCUGCAACACCAACUGGUCCUAUUCUACCUUCCAGUGAUCAAGUUAGACGAUAUGUCAGAGCUUAUCACAAGUUCUUCAACCCACAUCUUCAUUUUAUACAUUCCAGUACCAAGCUGAGUUCGCAAAAUAUGGCUCUUGUCAUGGUCAUGGCCGCAAUUGGUGCGCUAUAUCUGGGUGAUAUUGAAGCAUCACUCCGUAUCCACGACAUGGGUCGUGACUGCACCCGGAUGUACUCGGAUAUCAACAGCGACAUCACUGUGUGCGGUACGAGCAGUGGUGAUCCUAAUGGGGGCAUGGUCCCGCUUUGGCUGGUCCAAGCGUCUGUCCUUUCAGUGGUAUAUGGUCUGUUUCACAAGAAUAGCGAGGAUAACGAAAUGGCGAUUCACCAGGGCCAGCGUCUGGGGAAAUUGACCCGCAGAGCCGGUUUGCAUAUGCCUUUGGCAACUCCACCCAAUAUUUAUGAUCCACAGACUCCUGUCCAAGAGAAAUGGGCGCAUUUCUUGCGUGCCCAAAAACGGAUUCGAACGAUGUACGCGGUUCAUGCAGUUACUACUAUGAUGACGACCAUGUAUGGCCUACCCCCGUUCGCUUCGAAUCAAGACUUGCAAUGUGGAUCCCCCUGUGAUGAGGCCUUGUGGAAUGCCCAGAACGCUGAGGAUUGGUGGCAGUUGGUUGUGCAACGGGAACUCCAAACAAAGUUCCUCGGUGGCUCAAAUUUUGGUCACUGCUUUGCUGUUUUGCUUUCUGAGCAGCCGGUAAUGGAGCGAGUUUCGCAAACUUUGCUGCUGACUCUCAUGUACUCUAUUCAUCUUGAAAUUGCCCAACGAAGAGCAAAACACUCCCUCAUGCGUCACAGCGAGAGCAUGUUGCAAGGUGAUGGCUUUUCUUGGGCAGAUGCCACUCCCCACUUGCAUUCGCAACACCAACAGGACCCCUCGCAACAACCAUAUUUUAGCGAUGGCGUUGUUAGAGCAUGGGAGUCCACGUGGUCUCGCUCGCCAUUAGCGUCGCUUGAUCCCAACUCCAAACAUGGCCCUAUCAUGAGCGAGUGUGUUCCCUUGGCAUCUCUGGCCUAUAUUCGUAUCCACGUCGAUCUUAUUACCGUCAAAGAGCGAUUCUGGGUGCGAGAUUUUGUUGGAAUGAAUAACGAACUCAACAACUUGCGUGCAACUUCGUUCCCGGGUUUGCUGGCAUCCGCAAACUAUGCGGUUGAUACUGUUUCUCUCGCAGAAAAAUAUACCUUAGGAGGCACCCAACUGUUUGUACACACUAUCAUGUGCAUGGUGGAUUGUGCAUUCGUGCUUUCUGAGACACUAUACGAAAUCUCGCACCACUCUCAUCCAUUGCCUGACCAGGAGCAGCGUAUCGUUACACGGGCUACUAAAGUAUUCAGCCGACUUGUUGAUGACCCUUCAGAACCUCUACAUAUUUCCGCACUACGCGGUAUCUCCAAAGUCCUUGGACGAGGUAAAGUAUGGCCGUACGUCGACGUUAUACAAGAAGCUUUGGACACUCGUAUCAACAAUUUGCUGUCUCUAUAG